CACCCCUGUGCGCCUGCGCCUCGUUGCCCGGCACCCGCCUGGGGAAAGGACAAGCUCGGGAAGGGUUGCGGGCAGCCGGGUCUCCGGAAGCCUACCCUUCACCCGGAAAUGGUUCUUGAGGAACAUGGCGUUGCUGGUGCGAGUCCUUAGGAAUGGGAUUAGCAUCUCCCAGUGUUUUCCAGUAUGUGGCCGACUGGUACCUGUGUCUGUCAUGCCAGGGCAGUGGGGCAGGGCUCUGUCUGGAACUUCUCAGUGGCAUCAGAUGAGCCAGUUCCUAGCAUGUGGUGUACCUGAACAGAUUCAUGGACUAGACAUGCAACUGAGAAAGAAGUAUCAUACCACAACUCAGCUUUCUACUACCAAGGAUUUCCCACAGCCUGUUGAAGAGAAGGUUGGUCCCUUCACAAAGAUAAUAGAAGCCAUGGGAUUCACAGGACCACUGAAGUACAGUAAAUGGAAAAUUAAGAUUGCAGCCCUGCGUAUGUAUACUAGCUGUGUGGAGAAAACUGACUUUGAGGAAUUCUUUCUAAGGUGUCAGAUGCCUGAUACAUUCAAUUCAUGGUUUCUUAUAACUCUACUUCAUGUCUGGAUGUGUCUAGUCCGAAUGAAACAGGAAGGCCGGAGUGGAAAGUACAUGUGUCGUAUUAUAGUUCAUUUUAUGUGGGAGGAUGUUGAGCAGCGUGGCAGAGUCAUGGGGGUUAAUUCCUAUAUCCUGAAGAAGAACAUGAUCCUUAUGACAAAUAAUUUCUAUGCUGCAAUCUUGGGAUAUGAUGAGGGGAUCCUUUCUGACGAUCAUGGGCUGGCUGCUGCCCUCUGGAGAACCUUCUUCAAUCAGAAAUGCGAAGACCCUCGACAACUUGAAUUGUUGGUGGAGUAUGUGAGGAAACAGAUGCAGUACCUGGAUUCCAUGAAUGGUGAAGAUCUACUUCUCACAGGGGAGGUGAACUGGCGCCCUCUAGUGGAGAAGAAUCCUCAGAGCGUCCUGAAGCCCAGUUCUCCAAUUUAUAAUGACGAGGGUCUUUGACAGGCAGGUCCUUCCAAACAGCUGGCUGGCUAGCUUCGAGGAACCACCAGGAGAGAGGUGACUGGCUCAGGACCCUGCAAAAUGUAGCCUGAACUGACCUCUGAAACAGCACCUGUCAAGUACUUGACCCCAUUUGUGUUGAUUUUUCCUCUUAGUAUGCCCAAGAGUCUUCAUCUGGUGGGGUUCAGUCCUGUGAGAAUCCUUAACUCUUUGGGGAUACCCUUUUCAUCAAGAGAAUUCCUGAGCAUGAACUCUCUAGCACACACUUCCCAAACAUUUUCCAAAUGCCAAGGAAGGGAUGGGGGUUAGUGAGAAAGGGGCCCUGCCACUGUGACCUGGAGUGGUUUGUAAUGCUGCUGAGUCAAGAUGGGUAACUAUGCUCUGUCCCCCAGCUUUGAGUGGUGGGACUGAGUUGGCCAUUAAAAGAAACAGAGAUUUCCCUCUGCAUGAUUCUUUAUUCCAGGGUCUUUUAGAAACAUACUGAGGUGGCAGUUGCCAUAAGCUGAGGAGCACUGCCUAGCUCAUGUAGAGAAUGGGUGUUGGGGGUAGAUAGCAUAAUGGUUAUGCAAAGAGACUCUCGUGUAUGAGGGUCCAAAGUCCCAGGUUCAAUCCCCCAUACCACUAUCAGCCAGAGCUGAGCAGUGCUCUGGUAAGAGAGAGAGAGAGAGAGAGAGAGAGAGAGAGAGGAAGAAUGGGGGUUGGGUGGGGAGAGGGUCAGGAGGAUCUCUGUUAGUGCUUUUGGCUCCAGCUCAUGGAGGUAGCACUGAUCUGACCAAGGCAGCCUGCCAGUGCCUGUCCCCUGGGACCCAGGAGGUCUCUGAUAGCCAAGGGGCUUCUUGGAUCCUAGGUUGUUUGAAAAGAGACCUCAAGAACAAAGGUCCCUUUGUUGCCACCAUUGAACUGAGUGAGAAAUUUGUUCUCUUUUCUCUCAUGACUCCUUUUUGAUAAGAUUUUGGGGGAGAAGAGAACAAUCUUCCUGGCUUAGUUGUACCAUCCUAGGACCCAGACUUAACGCCCAACUUCUGUAAACUUGCCCACAUUUGGAGCAUGUGCUAGACAGCCAUGUUGGCCUAAGCACAUAAGGAGUAGUAUCCUCCUCCUCCUCAGUGUGGGUCAUCUCUGGAAGGACUUUCUUUAAAUUGAAGAAAGGGAGGCGGGGAACCAGGUUGCUCCUCCCCCCAUCAAACUUCUUUCAUUUAACUUGCUAUAAAAUGACUCAUAUAAAGAAACUCUAUAUGGGUGAGGUAUAUCCCACUUCUGUGAAAACAUUACAAAUCAAACCACUUUCUCUGAGUUUAUUUAAGAUGCUUUUGUUGUGAGCAGAGCUCUAGAAUGAAGCCUCCUCUGUAUGUAUGAGAUAAUAACACCUUGUAACUCAUUACAGCUGGGCACUAUUUACAUAAACCAGAGCUGAGCUAGGCAGGAAUUUGCUGAUUAAUUUAUUUUUAAUGGAGUGAAGUAUACCAUGCACCAAAAUAAACUUUACUGUGUGUACCUAACUGCUCCUGGAAUGGAUGGAAAAAUUAAUGGAACAGAUUUUGGCUCCCAACUCUACACAUUAAUUCAUAUAUAAAAGUUAUUUGAGCUUUAACCCAUUUACUGCCCAGGGCAGCUCCCUAGCCACAGAUCCCAGCCCACAGCACCAGUUCAGCUACUGGGCUUGCUUUAGAAUCAUGGUCUCUCCAAUUUGGAAGGGAGAUUAGAGGUCAUUUAAUACAGCCUGACCCAGAGUUGGACUCCCCUUCUCACCAUUUUAUCUGGCCUAUGUUCAUACAUGCCCUAUAUGAAUAUCUCCAGCAGCAGAUGGUCCCUGCCUGCUGAGCCAAGUCCUGUCUCCAGAAGAUGAGUAAUUGUCAAACACUCCAACUUGUAAUACAGAGCUCAUUGCAAACAGCCAAAUCAGAUCUAUCAUGUCUGUGUUGUCCUAGAGCCCUCACUUCCUGACCAUCCACAUCCUUUACUGACUCCCCUCCCCUCCCCUUCAAGAUAAAAUCCAGACUCACCAGAGGCCACAAGACUUCUUAGUUUGACCCCUGCCUCCAUUCCCAGCAUGUUUUUAUGAUCUCUAACCCAUUUCUGCUCUGAGCAAACUGAACCACUUGGAGUUACCUGAAAAAGAAAAAAGAAAAAAAAACAC